AUGACGGUCCUUGUAUACGACGACGAUAUAUUGGUUGCAAGUUCCAGGUUAGACUUGAUUCAAGAAUUAAAAACAUUCUUGGACAACACUUUCAAAAUCAAGGACCUGGGGGCUCUUGGCUAUUUUUUGGGAAUCGAGGCAAGUUCAACUGCAGAUGGCCCCAAUUUUUGCCAACGCAAAUAUGCGUUAGAAAUUCUUGAGGAAGCUGGCUUCUUGGGAUGCAAGCCAACCAACACACCAAUGGUUCAUAACUUGAAACUGACUCAUGAUGGCACUCCCCUUGCUGAUGCCAGUUGCUACAGAAGAUUGGUGGGGAAAUUACUAUAUCUUACACCCACAAGGCCGGACAUUUCCUAUUCCAUCCAACAACUAAGUCAAUUUGUGGAUAAUCCCACGGACCAACAUCUCACAGUAGCACACUGUGUCCUACGCUACAUCAAAAAAUCACCUGGCCAAGGGCUCUUCUACCAUGCCAACACAAAUUUACAACUCAAGGUAUUCUCAGAUUCCGACUAG